AAGAAGAGACUAAACAACGAAGAAUAAAUGAACUUGAUAUUGAAAAUCACAGGCUUCAACAACUAUUGAAUUCCUCUUUAUCUCAAGUAAAUAGCUUAUCUAACGAAAUUCGUCAUUUGUCUUCUCGUUUAUCUCAUAAUAGAUAUUGA